CUAAUACACUCUCUUCUUUCUUCUUUUUUAUUAUUAAAGAAAAGGACGCAAACAAACAAGUAUGCAAUCUCGUUGGCUGUGUUUAUUCUUUUGCACAGUGUUGCUACUUUGGACUAUUUUACCGUCAGUCAAUGCAGCUGUCAUGUCAAUUGACUAUGGUACAGAAUGGUUUAAAGUAGGACUGAUAAAACCAGGCAUGCCCUUGGAUGUCGUUUUAAACAAAGACUCUAAAAGAAAGACUCAAUCUGUUGUAACUAUACGUAACAACGAACGUGUCUAUGGCACUGAUGCUAUUAGCUUGGCUGGAAGAUUCCCUCACUUAACUUAUAUGAACCUCAAGAGUAUUAUUGGAAAAAAUUAUAACGAUCCUCUUGUUGAAGAAUAUAAAAAUCGACAUGUCAACAAAAUGAUUGCAGACAAAGAAAGAAAUAUGCCAAUUUUCGUUCAUAACGAGACUGUUCAAUUAUCAGUGGAGGAACUUAUUGCUUAUCAGUUUCAAAAUGCCAGAGAACAGGCAUCAGUUACAGCAGGUGAAAAUGUGAAGGAUGUGGUGAUAACUGUUACACCAUUCGCAAACCAAUAUGAACGUCAAGCCAUUUUGGAUGCAGCUGAGCUUGCAGGAUUGAAUGUGUUGUCCUUAAUGCACGAUGAAACUGCUGUUGCCCUCAAUUUCGCUGUCAAUCAUGAUUUGGGUAAAGAUCCUGAAAACCAUGUAUUCUAUGAUAUGGGAGCAGGAUCUACUGUCGCCUCCAUCGUCACAUUCUCAGAAGCAGUCGAUAGCAAGACAAAGAAAAGCGCGCCUCAAUUAGAAGUUAAAGGCGUUGGCUUUGACCGUACCUUAGGUGGCCAUGAGAUCGAUGUCAGACUACAACAAUUCUUGGCUGAAGGCUUUAUGAGAUUAUACCAAGGAAAAGUAAAGUCGGAUAUCAAGCAAUCCCAUGGAUCUAUGACUAGGCUCUUAAAGGAAGCAAACAGAGUGAAACAGAUUUUGAGCGCAAAUACGGAAACCUUUGCUUCAGUUGAAAGCCUUCAUGAAGGCAUUGAUUUUAAAAUGAAAGUAACCAGAGCAGAACUGGAAAACAUUUCCAAGGAUUUGAUCGCUCGUGUCAAGGUUCCUCUUCAGACGGCUCUAUUGGCUGCAAACAUGACCAUGGAUGAUAUUAAGUCCGUUAUUCUCGUCGGUGGCGGUGUUCGUGUACCUGCUGUACAAAGUCAAUUGAAUGACUUUGUGGGAUCUCAAAAAAUAGCCAAAAACGUCAAUGGUGAUGAAGCUGCUGUUCUAGGCGCUGCAUUCCGUGGCGCCACUCUCAGUAAUCAAUUUAGACUGAACAAACAGAUCAAUAUUAAAGACAUUAUUGUUUAUCCAAUUGAUAUUGUGUAUACACCUGAAAACAAUGGAAAAGAAGCCACUCAGCCUGUCAGUACGACUCUUUAUAACAAAUUUGGCAGCAUUGCAACCCAAAAGAUCAUGACGUUUAACCGUAAUACCGACUUUGACUUUGAUAUCGAGUACGGAAAGGAUGCUGAUGCUGGAAUGAGAAAAUUAGCCCAAGUACAAAUAAGCGGCUUAACAGCAGCCAUGGAAAAGCACAAGGAUGACAUCAAGGCUUCAGAACAUCCUCCUAGAGUACGAGUAACAUUUGACCUGUCUGACUCAGGUAUACUUUCUGUUUCUGAAGCUAUCCUUAGCGUAGAAAAGCCAACAUUUAAAGAUAAAGUUAAGUCAUUUUUUGGAGUCAAGGAUACGAAGGAGGAUGAGAAAAAUGACACAGAGCAAGAAAAGUCUCGACAAAACGAAACUGAAGCUGCUGUUAACAAGACAACUACCGAAGAAAACAAGAUCUCUGUCGUAAAGGUUCCGUUAACGAUUCAUUACAACCCUGUGGAAAUCAUUCCACUGCCCACAAACGAAAAGGCAAUUGCAAAGAAGAGAAUUCAAGAACUUGAUUUCAUGGAUAAGCAAAAGAAGCUUCGUGAGGAAGCUCGUAAUGCUUUAGAAGGCUUUGUUUAUCGUGUUCAAGACUUUUUAUAUGACGAUACUGUACAGAUUGUAGCUACAGAAGAUGAGAUUGAAAAGUUUAGAGAAAAGCUUUCAGAGACAUCAGACUGGCUUUAUGAUGAAGGAGAACAAGCAGAUACACAAGUUUAUAAUACCAAGCUAAGAGAACUUCAAUCUAUUGAAAAACCUAUUCAAUACCGCUUUAAAGAAUAUAAUGAACGUUCAAAGAACAUUGAUCGUCUUACAUCUGCUAUUAAGCUGGUCAGAGACUUUGUUGCUAGUAUCCACAAUCAACCCGAAGAGGAUCGUUAUCACACCGAAGAAGAAUUACAAAGUGUUUUAUUGACUGCUAAUACAGUAGAAGAAUGGAUGAACGAGCAAAUUGAAGCUCAAAACAAACAAAACGAGACACAAGACCCUAUUAUUACUACAGCAAAAGUCUUGGAAAAGAAAAAGCUUCUUGACGAUGAAUUUGUAAAGUUGCUUGCAAAGAAAAAGCCCAAAAAUAAAAAGGAAUCACCACCAAAGAAUAAAACAGAUGAGGAAAGCAAGGAAGAAGAAAAGCCCUCGGAAGAGCAUAAGCAUGACGAGCUUUAAUCACUGUAUAAAACAAUAGAAUUCAAUAUAAAAAUAAAUAAAUACCAAUUCAUUGUCUUUGAUUAUUUACAAUAAACUAUAAUGACAGUGGCUGCAAUACGCAUGCAUGGCCGCAGCCAGUUGCACAUAGUUUCUCUGUAGCAAACCAUCCUCGCAUAUGAGCAAGAUGACCGCCGUGGUUACAGCCUUGACACCAUACAUAAAGGCCUUUGA